AUGCUUUCCAAAUUAGGGUCUGCAUCUAGAAGGACAUUCUCCGAGAAGGAGUCCCUGACUGUGAGCGAGGCCCUUAACGAUGACAACGAUAUCUUCAUUACAGAAUCCAUAGAGAACUCGUCGGUGCUCGGAAACACAAGCUAUGUUGGACAUGUUGAGGCACCGGCGUUGCCAUUUGAAGACGAUAAGGACAUUUAUGCAGAAGAAAGUGAGAGUAAUACAGUUACAUCGACGUCGACAGACUCUUUUGGCACGCAACCCUUCCCAGCAGGAGCAGGAAGACUUUCACUGCCACAACGAUUCACAAGAACGAUACCGAAGAGAGAUCAGUUAUCCAAGCUCAAGGAGGAUAUGCCUUGGGCAAUAUACGGGAGUGAUCCUGUUUCAAGGCUUGCAAUUGAUGCAUUGGAUGGCGGGGACGAUAUACAUAUUUCUGCAUCGUGUGAACAAGACGAUUUUUCAGUCGUUGGAAAUUCCAGUGUUGCACCAUUUGAAGCCCAUUCUACAACCAGUGAGACGGAUAAAGACAACUACACAGCAACUAUUGCUACCCCAUCAACUAAAACAAAGAAAGGAUUGUUCCGAAAACUAUCGCUGACCAAAAAGAUAACAAGAAUCCUUCCCAGUAAACAGUACGUUUCAAAGCUUUCGAGGCUGACGGAAGAUGUUCCAUGGAGCAUGAAUAGCCAGGAACAAAUAUCCAGACAGGCAGAUGAAAUUUUGAACGAUGGCGACGACUUUUUCAUCACGAAAUCAUUCGAGCCGUUGGAGGCGGAUACGUCUUCCGUGCUUGGAAAUUCAAGCUACGUAUCUGCCGCAAAAUCGACUCCACUGCUACCUGGAGCCCCUGUAGAUGAGAAAAGAGACGACAUCUCAGCUCAUGGACCUGAUAUAAACGACACAUCAAGAGCAAUGAAUGAGCCGAAGACUAUCAGGACUGGAAUACGAAAGACAAAAGUCUCAGAAAAACUAAAAAAUGCGAUACCAGCUCCGGUCACCCAGUCAUUCAAAAGCGCCAUCCCCGCCGCAGAAUACAUCAGAGGUGCAAUUCCAACACCAGUCGCCGAAAGACUGAAAAAUGUUCCAAGCAGCGUCGUGAGUUCAUCGCAAAAGCUUAUGACUUGGCGACUGAAGUCAACGGUCAAAAGUGAAUAUCGAACUCCCUUGGUUUCAGAACAUCAAGAAAUCAGCGACGGUAGAAAUGAUAAUGCAAAAAACCUCCCUCUCGAUUCAAAGUACGGCACAAGCACUCCUGAGAGUCAAAAGAAGCUGCAUCCACGGAGAGCAUCCAUGCAGGUAUCCUCACCCAUCUCAAUGGGUCAAGAGAUUGCAUUUCCCUUAUCGACCGACAGCGAAAGCCCGAGGAGUCGAAGCCUGACAUGGGACAGUGCAAGUUGCUCUGACAUGAGUGAGAUUACAGAACCUUCCGUGUAUUCGAGAUCCCGAUCAUUUAGGAAGGCGCAUUCUAUGUUCGUUGUUCAACCUUCGAAUAGCUUGCUUGGGCUUGGAAGCGCUGAUGAAGAUUCAGAAGUUAGUAUGGAUGGGAAUGGAUCGAUAACAUCAAGUUCGAAGAAUCGAGGUUCUAGACUGACUCAGUUGAUUGGGCAUCGUUCCAUGACAAAUCUUCCAAACAUCAACGAAUCAAAGCCAUUCAAUGUCAUGUCAUCAACCGAGAUUUUUUCACCAAUUGUUGUCAACAGCUUCCUGAAUCAAUUGGAAACAAAUGACAAACCCAUAAAUGACGAAACAGAUACAUCAUGGGAUGCUGUUUCAGUAUUGGGCAAUGAGGAUUGGCGACCAGCAAACCGCCAGCGUGUCUCCUCAGACUCGGAUGUAGUGUACGAGUUUCAGCGUCAACACAGUACAGAGGACAUUGACGAGGCACCAAAUCAACAUCUAGCAGGAUUAUUGUACGAAGUCCAAGACGAUGACAGCCUUACUUUGUUUCUGGACAACGUCGACUCGACUGAGGAAAGCGAAACCCAUGCGAAGACAGAAAAACCAACCUCGACAAUACACAAACAAGUGAUCAAGGACUCUGAAUUUUCUGCUCAUGAACUACAUUCAGUCGAAGAAAGCGACUUCUGGACAGCAACGAAAGGUUUGCCUAAUAAUUUUAUUGAUGAUGAUGCAGCUGCUUCAUGGAGCGGAGGACCACAUUUUCCUUCCAAUCCAAUACCGGUACACACCAAUGAUGGUAUCAUGGAAGCAGAUAUUAAUUUCGACGCGGUAGAUGCAUUGUGGAGUCCGCGGCGACGUUUUGCUUCAGACCCAUUUGCUGCUAGCAAUCCUGCUGAGAAUACUUUUGACGUUGAUUACGAUUCGAUAUGGAACCACAGGCCGCGUUUUGCUUCUGACCCCGACGCCAUCAGCGACCAUUUGGCAGGAAGAAUUUCAAUCGAGAACACUACAGAUUCCCAUGCCAUAGAUGUUCUAUGGAGCCAUCAACCACGAUUCGCUACGGACACCUCCUUCAUCAUGGAUGAUCCCAAUGCUCAAAAACAUGCGGUCAAUGAAGAUGACGCAGAUUAUUCAUGGGGCCACGAACCGUUCGCUUCCAACUUCGAAAGCACUACAGGGAAUGUUUUAGACGGGAAUGUUGUUGAUGUUCAUGCCCCAGAGUCCUCGUGGGACUUUUCAUCUGAUAUAGAGACCGCCAAUGACGAUGUGGUGAAACCGACAAGCGAUCCUGGUUCAAAAGAUGCUCUUUGGACUGAAGGGUCUUUAUAUGGAUCUGACUCCGAAGUCAUCGACGAUGUUCCUACAGCAAAUAAUUCAUCAGAGGAUGUCGUUGCGGGCAUUGCUGUCGAAGAGAGAGGUUCCGAAACUGACUCGUCUUGGGGCCAAGAAAGUACAUUUGGAUCGGAAGGGAUGGUCGGCGAGAACGACAACAAAGGCCAUACCACUGACAUUGACUAUAGUCCGACCUGGACCCAACGACCGCGCUAUUCUUCCGAACCUGCAGUUUUCAACGAUGACAAAACAGUACAUACUUCGAUUGAGAGCACUGUCGAUAUUGAUGCCGCACCAGCAGAUGCUUCAUUGAAUCCGAGACCACGUUACUUGUCUGACCCCGUCAUCACCAAGGAACGGACUACCGAUAAGAAAAUCGACGCCGGUAUUGUGGAUGCUUCCUCUUCAAGCCUUGGGCGACACCUCUCGAAUCGACGACGCUUCUCGUCCAAAUCGGUUACCAGUAACAACGAUGUUGCAGAUAUGACUGCUGUCUACGAUGAUCACGAGUCUUCGAUGAGGGAUGAGAGGUCACCCUUCUCGUCUACUUCCGUGGCCAUCAACGAGAAUGCUGCCAACUCGGAAAUAGAAAUCAGUCUCCAUGGAUCUGUGCCAUCGUGGAAGUGGUCAAGCACUCAACCCAAUGAUGUUGGAGAAUCCUCCUUGGAAAUGACGCUUGAUGAACAACAAGGUGCCGCCGUCGAGAAGUCUACAGAAAUUACUGCUCAUGAUUACUAUUGGAACCAAUCUAUUGAUAGCGAGGACGAUGGGGAAGAAAUUCUUCUAUCCGGGGGAAAGAGCGACUCUUUCGAUGACAUUUUUUAG